AUGUUUGGCAAGAAGACAGACAAGAAAAAGGCCCAGAAGCCAGUUACCAAACAGACUGCCAAGAAGAACCAAGUCACUAAACCACAGGCAACGAAACCAAAGCCCAACACUGGGUCUAGCAAGCCUGCGUUGAAACCACCUGUGCGACCGAGGCAGCCCAUCAACAUGUCAAUAAAUAUCGGCGACUUGCACGUACAUCAGCCACAACAGAUUCGAAGAGCUGCUUCGUGUUCAUUUGCGGAUCAAUUAUCGAUUUGGGGACAACCAAGUUCUGGAUCGUCUGUUCACCUCAAAUAUGGUGACCGCUUUGAGUACUUGUAUACGCCUAAUACCAAUUCGUCCUCCCUGGCACUCAUGCCGCCAACGUUUCACGCUGCACAACUUCCCAGCAGUACCUGCUGUUGUGGUUCCAACUCAAAUCGCCAGGCUUUGUCUGGCACGUCAAACUCGGUGUUCGAACACCUUCUGACUUCUAAUGGACCUCACCAGCACAGUUCUGGCCUGGGUCCCGAUGCCCUAAUGUGGUUGGCAAAAGGAGGGUUCAAGGUUUAA